UAUCGUAUGCGCAUGCUCAUGCAUAAAAAAGUAACCUUGGCAACCGAACAAAACGUUUCUACGCAGAGGAUCGUCAAACUUGUUUGAUCAAAACCACCAAAACAUACGUGAAGUUUUGUGAAAAUGUCCAACAAACCAAAGACAUUAUUGGAACAGUAUGAUGUUCUUCUUGAACAUCUCGACUAUGGCUACAUUGGAAAAUGCGCGGACGGUCGGAUGUUGGAAAAGAUCGUGAAAAUUCUUCGUUCUGGCCAGGAAGGCCACUAUCCAGAUCUGACGUCAUUCGCUGAACAUCGUUUACGUUCCAUAAAGCCGAACUCGAAACUAUUUCGCGAAGAGACGCCCCUGAUCACAAAAGAGAGCAUAACACGUGAGCGCUGGCAAAAAAUAAAUCAGGACCUGGAAGAGUGGGAAAGUAAUAUGCAAAAGGUGCACAAGGAUAUUCUUGAUCAGAAGGGAAUUCCGAUAGAAGAUGUGCCACCGAUUCGGUCCAUGCAUGCAGCAAUAAAUACAUCUUAUGCUAGUGAAUCAUCCGUGAGUCAACGGAUUAAAUCGUGGGAUUACAAUAACUGGGAUCGUUACGAUGCCGAUGCUGAAAUUUUAAAAAUGGAUUUAGACGAAGAAAGGCACAAGGAGUUUGUAAUGAAACAAAAUGAAAGCAAUCCAAGUGGGAACAUCAUUCAAGAGGAUCAGUCAAAUGAAAUCGAUCGUCUAAGUGAAACCGAGAGAAAGGUGCUGGCAACAAAGUAUAAGGAAAAGGGCAAUGAUUUUUUUCGCAGCAAAGAAUACGAGCAAGCUCUCCAGGAAUACAACCGUAGCAUAACAAUUUUCCCAACGGCAGCUUGUUUCAAUAAUCGCGCCAUCACAAACAUAAAGCUUACGCGUUAUAAUAAGGCUAUUUCCGAUUGCGAAGCAUGCUUAAAGAGUGAGCCGAAGAAUUUAAAAGCGUUAUGCCGGAAAGCUGAAGCGCUCAAGCUUGAUAAUAAAUGUCGUGAGGCAUACCAGGCAUUAUCGCAAGUUUUACUGGUGGAUCGUAACAACAAGUUGGCUCUGGAAGCAGUAGAUGAUCUACGGCGUCAGCAUCCGGAUCUACCUCCACCUAAUGCCUUUCAAGUUAAGAUUGAAGAUGUUGGGAACGAAGACGUGGCCGUCGAUGAUGACUACGCUACUCUCAUUAAACCUAAAAGGAUCGUUAAAGACAAGCUUCCCGAUGCUAUGAAAAGUCUUAGAACUGAAACGGCUAAAAUGAUGCAAAAAUCCGUUUCCACCAAAAUACAAAACGAUAAAAUUGAAAUAAUUCCGCGUCCCGGAAAAAAGGUAUUUAUCGAAGAAAUUAAGUAGAGCAUUAACUUUAGUCUUUGCA